AUGCCGCACGUCGCGCUCGUCCCCGCGCGGCUCGGCGCCGUCGCGCGCGGUGACGCGCCGCGCCGCGUCCGCGCCGUCGCGUCCGCUCGCGUCGAAGCGUCGUCGUCGAAACGCGCGCCAUCGCGCGGUCGCGCGAAAAGCGUGUCGAAGCAACUCUCCGUCAUCAGAAGACGGCUCCCUCCGCCGGCGGUCGCCCGCGGACGACGGUCGACCGCGACGCUCUCGAGCGCGGACGAGAACGACGAGGCGCACGACGUCGAGCACGCCGCGCCGACGCCGAAGAAGAAGAAGAGCGAGAUCAACAUCACGGGGAUGGGAAGUCGGUACGUCGAGGGAGAGAUCACGUGGGCGGCGAUCGCGGUGCAAGCCGCGCUCGCCGUCAUGGCGCUCGGCGCCGUCGGCGCGCUCGUGUUCACCGCGCCGAACAAAGACUCGCCGCAGUUUCAGAAGCGCGAUCGCGUGGAGAACGUGCGAUUGGGGGUGGUGUCGGACGUGAACGACGCGCCGGGGGCGGCGUGA